AUGGCGGGCAAGCGCAAGCGCGUGGUGCUGACGAUCAAGGACAAGCUGGACAUCCUGCGGCAGCUGGAGGCGGGCGGCUCGUCGCGGCAGCUGGCGGGCGCCUACGGCAUCGGCGAGACGACGGUGCGCGACAUCCGCAAGAACAAGGAGCGGCUGCUGCGCUACGCCAGCGGCUCCGACUCGGCCGGGCUGCUGGCGCGCCGCAAGUCCAUGAAGCCGUCCAUGUACGAGGCGCUGGACCGCGCCAUGCUGCAGUGGUUCCGGCAGCAGCGCGCGCGCGGCCAGCCCGUGUCGGGGCCGCUGUGCGCCAAGCGCGCCGAGUUCUUCUUCUACGCGCUGGGGCUGGACGGCGACUUCCACCCGUCCGCCGGCUGGCUCACGCGCUUCAAGCAGCGCCACAGCCUGCGCGGCCUGGGCGCGGGGCCGCGGGCGCGCGACCACCCGGACCCGUGCGGCGGUCUGCGCGACUUCCUGCGGCGGGAGGGGCUGCAGCCCGAGCAGGUGUACGGCGCCCACGACGCGGGGCUCUUCUGGCGCUGCCCGCCGCGCGCCCAGCCCGGCCCCGGCCCGGGCCCAGCCCCAGCCCCGGCCCCAGCCCCGCGGCGGCCCGGCGAGCGCGUGAGCCUGCUGUGCUGCGCCAACGCCACGGGCGCGCACAAGCUCAAGCCGUGCGUGGUGGGCCGCGCCCGGCCGCCGCGCGCCUUCCCCGCGGCCGACACCGCCAACCUGCCCGUGUCCUACCUGAGCCAGCGGCGCGCCUGCCUGGACCCGGCCACCUUCCGCCGCUGGUUCCACCGCGCCUUCGUGCCCCAGGUCCGCGAGCACCUGCGCGCCAAGGGCCUGCGCCCCAAGGCCGUGCUGCUGCUCCGCGGCGCCCCCGCGCACCCCGGCGACGACGCGCUGCGCUCCGACGACGGCCAGGUGGUGGCCAAGCACCUGCCGCCCGACGCCGCCGCGCUCCUGCAGCCCGCCCACCAGGCCGUUGUGGCCGCCCUCAGGAGGCGCUACCGCCAAGGCCUCCUGCAGGCCAACCUGGACGAAGGCGACGACCUGCGCGCCUUCUGGGCCAGGCUCACGCUGCUGGACGCCCUCUACGAAAUCGCGGCGUCCUGGAACUCGGUGAAGCCCGCGACCAUCAGCCGGGCCUGGAAGAAGGUCCUCCCCGCCCUCGACGACAAGGAAGGGCCGGACCCGGGCGCAGAAGACAGCUCGGCGGCCGCCGUGGCCUCCCUGGCACAGCGCACGAAAGGCCUGGAAAGCGUGACCGCCGACGGCAUCGAGAGGUGGCUGGACGUGGACAGCGCGGAGCCGGGCUACGAAGUGUUGAGUGACCGUGAGAUCAUCAGGCGGGCACAAGGCCAAACGGACGAGUCCAGUGACAACGAGGACGAGGACAGGGAGCUGGUCCCGGAGACGCAGAUUGAUCACGCUGCGGCUCUACAGUGGACGGAAAAUUUACUAGCUUACCUCGAACAACAAGGGGACAUGAUUCUCCCCGACAGGUUGGUCAUCCGCAAACUGCGAGCCACCAUCAGAAAUAAGCAGAAGAUGUCAAACUCAAGCCAGUAACGGC